GGUGGGAGUUCCUAAUCCUCAGCCCAUUUGUUUACAAUUUUUCCAUCAGAAACAUCUCUCGUGCGAAAAAGGCUCCUAGUCUAUGUAAACUAAGAUGAAAAGUGUUCUAAUGGUGGCGGAAAAGCCGUCGCUGGCAGCCUCGCUAGCGAACAUUCUCAGCAACGGACGAAAUUCCACGCGAAAAGGAUCGAAUAAUGCUUGCUCCGUGCACGAGUGGUCCGGGAACUUCCGGAAUGAAAAUGUUCACUUCAAGAUGACAUCAGUGUGUGGGCACGUCAUGACGUUGGAUUUUGUUGGAAAGUACAAUUCCUGGGACAAAGUUGAUCCCGUGGAGCUUUUCUCAUGUCCUACUGAGAAGAAGGAAGCCACUGCCAAGUUAAGGAUGCCGGCGUAUUUGGCACAGGAGGCAAAGGGUUGUGACUACCUCGUCCUCUGGCUCGAUUGCGAUAAGGAGGGAGAGAAUAUUUGCUUUGAGGUCAUGAACUCUGUCUCGCGCAUAAUUCGUAACGUCUUCUCAGACAGUGUUACAUAUCGCGCCCAUUUCUCCGCAAUUACGGAAAAGGACGUGAAGCACGCUAUGGCCAACUUAGGUCAUCCCAACGAGAAUGAAGCCAAAUCAGUUGACGCUCGACAGGAACUCGAUCUCCGAAUCGGUUGUGCAUUCACCCGUUUCCAGACCAAAUUCUUCCAAGGACGAUAUGGAGAUCUGGACUCAUCGCUCAUCUCGUACGGUCCUUGCCAAACUCCUACUCUAGGUUUCUGUGUGAAGCGACACGACGACAUUCAGACAUUCAAGCCAGAAAGUUUCUGGUACUUGCAAAUGUAUGCCGGGAAUCCGGAAGUAGCGCUGGAAUGGGCACGGGGUCGUGUUUUCAAGAAGGAAAUUGCAAUGAUGUUCCUGAAUAAAGUGAAGGAAUCCAAAGAGGCGAAAGUCGAGAGCGUUUCGUCCAAGGAGUUGUACAAAGGGCGCCCACAAGCAUUGAACACAGUCGAAUUAAUGAAAGCCGCGAGUGCUGGAUUGGGUUUAGGACCUCACACAGCUAUGCAAAUCGCUGAGAAGUUGUAUACCCAAGGCUACAUCAGUUAUCCGCGUACUGAAACCACACAAUAUCCUGCAAAUUUCGAUUUAAUGGGCGUAGUUAAAAUCCUGCAAAACUCUUCCGAAUUCGGAGAAGAGGCACGCAAUAUUGCAAACGAUUUCAACCCACCGCGCAAAGGUGUCGACUGUGGUGACCAUCCUCCCAUCACCCCAAUGAAGCUUGGAAAUCGGAGUGACUUCGAUAACGAUGCCUGGCGCAUAUAUGACUACAUUUGUCGUCAUUUCCUUGGAACUAUCUCACGAGAUCUAAAGUAUAAAUCAACAACGGCCACUUUGAAAGUUGGCAUGGAGAGUUUCUCAUGCACCACGAGCGUUCUCCUGGAUCCUGGUUUCACCCGUGUAAUGACAUGGCAAGCAUUUGGUAAAAACGAAUCGAACCCGCCAUUCGUUGAGGGGGAAAUGGUUGCUAUAAAUGAUGUGAAGAUGAUCGAAAGCCAAACCGGACCACCGGAUUAUUUGACGGAGUCUGAAUUGAUUUCGCUGAUGGAAAAGCAUGGGAUAGGAACUGACGCUUCCAUUCCGGUUCACAUAAAUAAUAUUUGUCAACGAAACUAUGUCACGAUUGCGUCGGGAAGGAAGCUGAUUCCGACUACAUUGGGAAUAGUUUUAGUUCACGGUUAUCAGAAGAUUGAUGCAGAACUCGUCUUGCCAACGAUGCGAUCAGAAGUUGAAAAAAUGCUAAAUUUGAUAGCUCGCGGAUCAGCCGACUAUAAAUCAGUUUUACGACAUGCAGUCGAAAUUUUCCGGUUGAAAUUCCUGUAUUUCGUUCAGAACAUAUCACACAUGGACGGCUUGUUCGAAGUCUCAUUCUCUCCGCUGGCGGAGUCCGGAAAAGCCCAUUCGAGAUGCGGUAAAUGUAGGCGUUACAUGAAGUACAUUCAAACGAAACCAGCUCGACUACAUUGCUCGCAUUGCGACGAAACUUACUCCCUACCGAACGGCGGAAAUGUUCGAGUGUAUCGGGAAUUGAAAUGUCCUUUGGAUGAUUUUGAAUUGUUGGCAUUUUCGAGCGGAACAAAGGGUCGAUCGUAUCCUCUUUGUCCGUAUUGUUACAACCAUCCUCCAUUCAGAGAUAUGCCCAGGAACUCUGGAUGUAAUAUGUGCAGUCAUCCAAAUUGUGCGCAUUCGUUGUACACCCUCGGAAUCUCCAGUUGCGUGGAAUGUGAGUCAGGAGUUCUGGUUUUGGAUUGCACUUCGGCACCGAGUAGUUGGAAGCUUUGUUGCAAUCGAUGCGACGUUAUUAUCAACGUAUUCAAGAAUGCAACAAAGGUUCAAGUUGACGAGGGACGUUGUGACUGUGGCGCUCAAAUGGUUAAUGUAACAUACAAAUCCGAGAAAACAAAAUUCAAAGAUGGCUCCGAGGAAAAAACUGGAUGUAUCUUUUGCAGUCCUGAUUUCUCGCAUUUAGUUGAAAAGCAUCGCGCCAUUGUCUCACGACCUGCUAUCGUUAAUGUUCGCGGACGUGGACGAGGUGGCGGACCAGGUGGAAAAUCACGCGGAACACGCGGUCGUGCCAAACAACCAAAAGAUAAAAUGGCACAACUGGCAGCAUAUUUUGUAUAAAUGAUUGCAAAUAUUGAAAACACAGUUGUCCUGUUUUAUUUUUAUUAAUUCCUUCCCAACAUAUUUCUUUAUGUUUUGAUGAAAAUGUGAAUUUUAUGUGUAACCAUUUUUGAACUAAAAGUUUGAAAUCUAGGACUUUAUAUACUCAUCUAACUGUGCAGACAUUUUAUAAAGCCAAUGGCAAUAAAUGGUUCUUAACAUGAA